AUGCCGUGCUUCACACCGGCACCACGGCUGGCCCGUGUCCCUUCCCUCUCGCCUCAGUUGUCCUCCCCGGCGAGUUCCCCCCCUCCUCCGACAUAUUCCUCUCUGGUCACGCAGUCUCCACGUCCACUUUUCCCUCCGACGACUUUAAUUGUGGGCGACUCCAUCGUGAGAAACAUCCGCUUUUUUAACGCUAUCACGCGGUGUUUCCCCGGUGCGAGGGUCCUUGACAUUUUAACACAUCUCCCCACUCUGUUAAAAUCUCUGCCAACUUCCAUCCAGAGAAUCAUAUGCCAUGUUGGCACUAAUGACACGUCCCUCCACCAGACCGAGCUCACGAAGGACCAUUUUACCCAACUUUUUAACUUUCUGAAGAACUGUGAACUGUCUGUUUUUAUCAGCGGCCCCAUUCCCACUUCUGGUCGUGGGUGCGGGAGCUUCAGCAGAGUGCUCAGCCUGCACACCUGUCUCCAAUCUGCCUGCCAAGCCCAUAGCUUUGCCUUCGUGGACAAUUUUAAUCUUCUUUGGAACCGUUCGUCCCUUUUUAAAUCGGAUGGUAUCCACCCGAACACCGCAGGUAGCCGCAUGUUAGCGGCUAACCUGCAGCACACUGUACACUGUUUCCCACGUGAUUGACUAUUUAUUUCCCCCCCACACACACACCCCUCUCCCUCUGUGGUCCACCCACUGCUGACAGGUCCUCCCCAGAGCUCCCCCUGCUGGCAAAUUCUGUCACCGACUCCCUCUGCCACAGGUCUUCCUGACAUUUUUUCCCCACUCCCUAAUAAUUACAGUAGUAUCCAACUUCUCACUAUUCCUGUCCAUAUCACCAACAGACACCACUCUAAUAGAUACACCACCCGGACUGUAAAUCACUCUGUUUUAACAAGCCCAUCCAUACUGGCUCCCAUUCUCACCAAACAUGACAAUACCUCUGUCAGCUUCGGACUCCUCAACAUCCGCUCACUCACUAACAAGAGACACAUCAUCCACGAUCUCCUCACUGACCGCAAGCUGGACUUCCUCUGCAUCACUGAAACAUGGCAACAACCAAAUGACUUCUCAUUCUCCUCCACAUCGCCACUCCAACACGCCACCUCCGGUCCUCUUCCUCUCUCCACCUCACUGUGCCCCCUGUUCACCUCAGCACUAUGGGGGGGCAGAGCUUUCAGUCACUCUGCCCCCCCGACUCUGGGCCUCUUUACCAUCACACAUCCGCAACAUAGACUCCCUCCCCCUCUUCAAGUCCAAACUCAAAACACACCUGUUCAAACUGGCCUAUCCCUCCCACCACCCCUAACUCACUUUAAAAAAAAAAAAUAAAUAAAAUUAAAUUUCAAUUGGUAUUAUUCAUUUCUUUAUUUAUUCCUUUGCUGUUGUUCAUGUUUUAAUGUUGCCUUGUUGAUUUCAACUGUUUGAUGAUUAAUGAUUUUAAUUGUUAUAGUGUUUUAUUAUUGUUUUUAUAUGUUCUGUAAAGUGUCCUUGAGUGACGUGAAAGGCGCUUCAAAUAAAAUGUAUUAUUAUUAUUAUUACUCAUUCACCCCUCCUUGUGAAACAUUCCCAUUCUUGUCUUCACCUCUCUGUUGCUUACUCUACAUUCCUGCCACUGCCAUUGAGCUCUUCUCAUACCCUCAUGGAAAAUUCACUGUAAUGCAAAACAACUGUUAAUGUAAUUACCUUGUUUGAGUGACAUCAGUUUGUAAGUGCUAUGCUCUCUGACUUAUUGUUUUAUCAUUUCUACUCAAAUGACUAAUUCUCUCUGUAGGGCCUGUUGCCUAAUGAUGCCACAAGAGCUAACGCACUCGGCUCUGUCUGCUCGACUACUGCACCCACAUUUGGCGCUGGGUCUGCUAGAGGGAAAUUACGAAAUCAGACUCGACCUUACAUUGUAUGAAGGGCCAGUUUAGAUGAAAACUAACAAUGUUGUAUUGUUGCACGUUAAUGUAGCAUGCUAUUGUCUCGUGUUGUUAAGCUAACUUUAGUGCCUACACUCACUGUCUUCCUCCUUGGCCUCUUAGAAACCGUCUUCUACACCGGUAGGCGGUGCACGCAGAAAAGUGGUGAGUUUUCCUCAGACUCAAACAUAUUAAUCUUCUUUUGCCUUAUUCUAUUUUGCAAUCCCCUGAUACCUGUUCCAUUGCUGGUAAGAAAUUGCUCUCUGCUUUUUGCUUAUUUGAUUAUGUUGCCUUCCGAUUUUUCAAAGUGACAGACAGACCGCUUUUAUUGAUUCCUAAUGCUGUAUUGAGAAUUCUCAUUACAUUAGCAACCUCAAUAAAAAGGGCUUUUAAUACUGCAAUGUAUCACUUGAUAGAAACUCAGAAACUUUUUCAUUAAAGCUCUCGGUACUUCAGUUGUAUCUAAAACAAGUCUGGCACCAAACCAAGGGCUGUCACAGAUGUUGUUUAAGACUCCAGGGGCCUUCAGACAACCCGUCCUCUCCUUUUACUUUUGAUGAAGGCCAACAGUUGGGUCUUUUUCUGAAGGAUUAGGCCUUGUCACUUUUUGGCUGCCUCUGUAUCCCCCCAGCCACGUCGGACAAAUUAAAUGUAAUCCCCCUGCUAUUUGGAUGACAAAUUCUGUUUGAACACCUCAAACAUCAUUCACAGGCUUGUUCCUCCACCAGGAACACGUCGUCUUGUCACCUUUUGCCUUCUUCCUUCUCUCACUUUUCCCCUAGAGAGGAGGGACCGCGGCUGGUGAAUGUUCUUGAGGCUGUAGGAAGCUGUGGAAGUUGGCACUGCUCAUGUGGUAUUCAAAUUUGUGAAGUUUAGUUCCCACCCAUUCCCCCAUAGCACCCAGAACUGUCCAUUUAGAUUUAUCAUUUUCUGCUGGAGAGUUUGGUGAAAUGGUUGCUACCACUUUUGCACAUAUUAGGCAUGGUGUAUAGUGAACUGGUGUUCAUACAAAGUAGAAUCCUGAUAGGGUAACACCAUUUUACUGUACAUUAUCCCACCAAUUACCCGGCUACCAGCUCAAGACAUUAACAUGUAGAAAAAAAAUAUUGAUUCAGAUAAGAGUGUAUUGAUUUAAAAAGAAUUUAUUUAUUCAACAAACAAAAAAUAUUCAACAGAAAGUUUUAGUUAUGGACAGAAACAGGCAAUUUCACCUCAGUGUCAACAGGCAGUGGUGAAGUCUGCCAGACACCUCAACACCGAUUGAUUGACUAUGAUGUGUGUGAUCCAGUUGUCUCUGGUGGCACUUUUGUUGUUGAUAAUUGAAUAGCAUUGUUUUGGGGUUUUGAGCCUAUUUAACACUGCAGGGUACUUCAAAAUAAAGCCGGGUAAUAAAUGUUGAUAACCAGCAGCUGGCUAGUUUGAUGAGCAAGGAAAUAUUCACUCUGGCACAGAGGUUGACAAAAUAGUGUAUAGAUCAGGUUAAAAGUUGCACCAUACUUGUAAUAUAAUGCUGUCAUGUUCAGAAGGAUUGUACCAUUGAAAUAGAGAGGAUUAUUUCCUCUCCUCAGAAUAAAAUAAAACAUCUUAAUAUUUUUCUUUACGUUUACAUUCACAAGUCAGCUUUCAUUCAUUUUAAUGUUUAAAAGUCAUAUUAAGGCACAGGAAAAAAACAAAGUUAUAAGACUAGACUGAAUUGGCAGUAGGAACCACAGACGCCCCCAUGCCUGCCCUGUACCAACACACAUUCAUGUUGUUUUAGUAGGCCUUGUUGGCUACGUGACAGAAAUGCUUUUUCCGUUAGAUUAUAUCCUUAACACACUUGUAAUCUUACAAAAUAUUUGCACGUGUGUUUUUGUUAUCCAGUGUUUCAGGAGAAACCAGAGAUCCCUCCUACACAGGCUCAGGCUCAGGCCAGGAACAUCCCUCCUGAGGAUUACUCCUACACUGCAUCUAUCCUGAGGCUGCUACGCAACAAGCCCUUCAUGCUCCUGGUGGUCAGCUAUGGUGGGUCUCCUACAUUCACAAAGACACAGCUUUUCAUCCUGGGCAGCUUACUAAUAAAUCUACUGUGUACUUCCUUUUUCUAAAAUUUAGGCUUAAAAAAGUGUGAAAUAUCUAGCACAAGCAACCACCCAAGACCAAAGGCAUGAAAAAUAAUAUUAAAAACUAAUUAAAUCGGAACAAAAAAAUGUUCAGAUUGAAGUCAGUGUGGCCUCUAAGAGGACAAUGUUCUUUUUCAUCAGUUACCAAGAUUAGUUGUCUUGUGUCAUCACAGUGACAUUGUAACACUCAGUUCAUGUUGCAUUUCAGUAGUUUGGACAAAUAGUCUUUCUUAAUUUGGAAAGACCUGUACUGAGUGAAAUGACCUUGAAGUGCAGAAGUGGAAGCCAUAAUAAAAGCUGCCUGGGUUCCAUAAAUGCUAAGAAAAGGUGAUUCAGUAUUUUCUUUCUGUAGCGUUGAAAACACCGGACCAUACACCACAAGAGGCAAAAGGUUGUCCCACAAUUCUUUGCAGUGGGUGCUUUUAAAGUGAUGCAUUGGUGGACAUAACAGAAGAGUUGCAGGCUCACUUUGUAUACAUAGCACACUUGACAUCAAUUUUAUACCAGUUCAGUCAGAAGUCGUUUGAUGGUUAUGACUGAGGAAGGUUGUGUAUAAGAAACUCCUCUCAAUGGCUUCAGUGUUGUGACCGUUAUUGAACGGUAUCCUUUUUCUCCACUUCCAACCAUCAAGCGGUCAGUAAAAAUGGUAACUAGAAAAGCACUCGGAGAGCGCAGACCUCCGCCAAGCAGCUCAUGUCCCCCCUUAUAUUGUGAUUCACACCAAAACUUUUACUGUUACGUGUCUUUUAUUAACUUUUAUUAGUGUUUAAACUGGUAUGUUCACUGUUCAUAAUGUUCCUGAAACAACAAAGCUCAUAUUAGAUACAUAAAUGCAUGAUUUAUUUUAUUGAGGUGAAAGGUCGAAAAGACGUAGAAGCCGUGGAGCUCACCUAUCCAGAAUCAGAAGGAACCUCAUCAGGACUCCUCAACUGUUCAGCUCAGGUUGGCAUUAUCUCCAUCUUUAAUCAAGAAAACCAACUUAAGAUGUGGCGGUUUUCUUUUGUCUUUGCAGAUCUUUGGAAUCAUUUUCACCAUCGCACAGGGGAAGAUCAUCGAUGCAUGGGGGACUUUAGCAGGAAACAUCUUUCUGUGCAUUUUUCUGCUAAUAGGAUCGAUAAUGACUGGUAUGAUUUUAACCGGUUAUCUGUUUUCGUGGCACUUAUCUUCAGAGAAAACACACAACUGUGAACUCAUCUCAGCAGAUGUGGACAUUGAGCUUUUAUAGGUUGGAGAACUGUAAAAAAUAAUGUUUACGUUUCUUAAAUUACUCAUACAGUCUUACUCUUUUAAAGGAUAAGACUGCCCCCCAGUGGCAAAAUAAAGAACCAGCAUUUAGAAGAGGCGCAACUCAAUGAAAAUGUAGACUGAUCUAUUUUAAUACUGCUUACCACACAUUAGUCUAAUAAUCUCCCAAAUUAUUCUCUUCUUUUUGUCACUUUUAAAGCUUUGAGGUCCUCAGAAGAACACUGAGAUAUUUCUUAAUGAUCUCUCUCUUGUCGUUGCUGUUUUUCAACAUUUUAUUUCAACCCAAAAUAUGCUAAAUUGCAGGAGUGAGUCACUGUUGACAUGCUUUUUUCUUUUGACUGAGAGUCAGUGAUUAUUGUAACACAAUCAUCUAUUUUUGGCUUUCUUUCACCGUCACACAGGAUUCAUCAAAUCUGACCUCAGGCGACAAAAGGCCAACCAGCAGAUUGAGGUGCAGUCAGCGAGUGUAAGUACAUCUGUGUGUGCUACAUCAAGUCAGAGGUGGGAUCUUCACAUCCCCGAGAGAGGGAAUGUGUGAGAUACCGCCCUGUCUCUGUGCUGAACGCAGAGCCCUUGCUGUGCAGCACACUACUGCAGGCAUGCACGCUGGGGAUUGCAGGGGUUGCACUGCUGCACUGGUUAAAACUUUCUCUUGAAACUCACUUAUAACACUCUCACUCUCACACCAAUUGCACAAUUCUGCUCUGUCUGACAGCUCGGCAACAGACCCUAACAGCACAGUAACAUACUCAUCCAAGAAGACCAAACUGUUGUAACUAACCUUGUGAGGAACUUUGUAACAACCUUACUUGCAGAUGCGAGCUAUCAAACAGAUCAGUACUAUCCACGCAUUAAUUUGUCUGAAGUUUUAAAGUCACCAAAACAACAAUGCAAACCACUGUUAACACAAAAAGAGGUUCAAUUUUUCUAUUUAAUCUGGGAUGUACAUCUUUAAAAAGGUUUUGUUUAAUAGUUCACAUUUAUACUCCAGAUUAAAGCUUGUACCAAAAGAGAAAACUUAAACUGCUUUUGAAUUUCAAUAACAAAUCUCAGUUUGAACAGAAUCCUUCUCCACAUUGCGCGUCCUCUGCUUCUCACUUGUUGCCUUGUUUGAGACAAGCCCUGCUGUCUUGCUUAAUCCUUUCUCUCUCCAUAAACUUCAGAUUUUAACAAUAAAAGCAGCUGAAUCCUGCAAACUAACAGAACUUAAUCCAACUGUAUUAAGACCACCGCCACUUUGCUUAAGUUACGAAUGAGCUAGUCCCCUUAAGUGCUAUAGAUUACUUACAAAACAUGCAGAACAGUCAUCAAAAAGCUUUAAUAGGGGAAGCAUGCAGAAGAAGGUUACAUUGUAAACUGUACAAUUCGCUGCAUGAUGACUGAAUAAAACACCAGACUCUCCUCAGUGCAUGUAGAGGGCAGUAACAGUUGGGAGUGCAGGUUUUGGUGGAGGCAGUGUGGUGGUGGAGAUGGUGUAUUGUUUGGGAUGAUGGGGUAGCCUUUCUGGGCCCCCCAGAGGAGUGACACCCAAGUUAUCAUUCCAGCCUUCAGGCUCUGUGUCGUCGGUGCAGGACUACGGGGCCACGGCUCGCAGCGGCCCCUGGCAACAGCAGCCUUGAUAUAAAUCCACAACAUCACUUAAACCAAAACACACAUCUGCAAAGGUAGGGGCACACACACUUUGAAGCUGUUGAACCCUACACGAUCACACUCACACACAUAACGGACAUCUGACAUUACAUUAACCUUUUCUAUAGUGUUAUCUUUCUGUCGAGCCGAGUGUCACUGUCAUCAAUGGUUACUAACAAAUGUGUUAAAGUUGUCUUUUCUUAUGGUAAACUUGUUCAUGUACUGUGACUGUGGAAUAAACGUAAAAUCUGUUAGAUGAAAGAAUAUUUAAGGAAACAGAUUUCAAGCAGUUAUGUUUCUCUGUGCUUCAAAAACAAACUUUUGAACGAGUUCAUUCAGCAUAUGUUUGAAUCUGAAAGCAUCUACUGCAAAGACACAUUAGACUUGAAUACCAAAGUGAUGUACAGAUUAUUCUGAGCUCUGACAAAUUCUUGUUUUCUUUCUAAAUUGUGUGAUGAACUGUUUUAUUUUUUUGUUCUUUUAGGAAAACACCAUACUAGUUUUCCUGCUAAUGUAAUUGCUUUUACAUCCUUUCUCUUUACAGAAAAAGACACUUGAAGUGGCAGGAAGCGUCUCCCCACCUGCAACCCUAGAUGAGGUGAAGCUAUGAGGGGGACUGACACUACCUCGUGCAUGGAUAAAAACAGAUACACUGACAUACAAAGAGGCUGCCGUGAACACUGUGCAGCUCUCCACGAGGCUUUUAUGUACUGUACGUGUCGCUCCAGGACGAACGCCGGAGUCACACACUGACAUCCCAAGUGCAACUUAACUAACCAAAAGGAAGCACAAUUCAGUCAUGCACAAGGAGAUUGCACUUGGAACAUUCAUAGUUUAAAAAACAAAUUAAGUAAAUGUAGAUUUUAUGAUUUUAUUUAAUAUAGACAUUUCCCAUGUCUUUUUUAGUGCUGUGCAGCUGCUUUUAAAGUGACUCCAAAAAUACCACACUCCAAUAACACACCUCUGGGCUUCUUUCACCCACUUCAGAUUGUUAAUACUGUGUUCUAUGACUCUAAUAAGCAAGACUAAUAUUCUAAGUGUUUCCUAACUGUGGACCAAUAAUUUCUGUGACUGAACUCUGUCUUUAGAUUGCUUUAAGGAGUUUUUUAAAUGGAAACUGUAACAUGUUCUCCUGUCAUGGCCGUACAUGAUUUGGAUCACGUAGAGGUAUUACCUUCAACUGCUGAUUUUAAAUAUGAUUGAUGCUGUGCAUUGGCUCACACUCUAAAGGAUCAGUUUUGUCCUCAUAAGACUGUAAGGGAAAUGUAGUGAUAUUUUAAACUGGAUAAACAUACAACAGUGUCUUGAACACAUCAAAGCAGCACAAAACAUGACUGCAAGAUCAGGCAAGUCAUGCUUCAAUCAUCAUUUUGCACACAAAAAUGUUAUGUAAAACCUUCUUCAGUGGUAAAGUUGUUACUGAGAUAUGUUUUUACUGUGUUCAUGUUCUCCUUGAUGUUUUUUUUAAUUGAUUUUU